UUCGCACUCAAAUUUUGUACCAUUUACACUCACUACUCUCAACAGAUAGAUUAAUUGUGUAUUUCAGCUCUUAGUUUUAUUAACUCUCUGUUAGUGAAAAAAUGUCGCACUACGAGAACCAAUAUAGUGCAGGGCAGGCUAUGCAGACGGACGAAUACGGUAAUCCCAUCCGCCAAACUGACGAAUAUGGAAACCCAGUCCAUCAUACUGGAGGGACCAUGGGAGAAUAUGGAACCACCGGAACAGGUGCCUAUGGAACUCAGGCUGGCCACAUCACUGGUGGGAAGCAUGAGCAUGGUACUCUCGGUGGCAUGCUUCACCGUUCCGGCAGCUCUAGCUCCAGCAGCUCUUCUGAGGAUGAUGGACACGGUGGUAGAAGGAAGAAGAAAGGGAUAAAGGACAAGGUUAAGGAGAAAUUGCCAGGAGGUCACAGGGACGACCAAGCUCAUUCAACUGGAACAACAACGACUACUGGCUAUGGUGUGGAAGGGCAGCAUCACCCUCAUGAGAAGAAGGGAAUUAUGGACAAGAUUAAGGAGAAACUUCCCGGCCACCACUAGAAAGCUGCGGCAAAACAAUAAAUCCUUUAUUAGAUUUAUAUAUAUACAUGUAAGAUGUUUGGUUAAGCACUUGUAUUCGCGGUCGUUUCUAGUUCGUCCUUGCUGUGUCUUGAAGCAUGGCGUUUGUGUAUAAUAAGCCAUGCUAGCCCUUUUAGUGCUAGUGGAAGCAUAUUCACAUGUAAUAAGUCUUUUUAAGUGCGUUGUAU